AACGCUAAUUACAUUGUAUACACGGAAUGAAAUGCAAGUGUACGCGGCGACACGACACCGCACCGGCCGACAGCGUAAGCUGAGGUAAUGUUCGUAAUAAUAAUACUUAUUUCAAGCUGAGGGUCCGCGAACCUCACGCAUGGCCCGAUGCGCCUAUUCGUUCUCUCCCGCUGCCUAUUCGCGCGGCCCCCUCAGUCGCUCGCUAGCUCGCGCCGCAGGCGGACCUGUGUCUCUCGCAGAUUACCCCCGUUCGUAGUCUCCGACGAACAUAUUUUUAAUUGUUAAAAUAAACUGGUUCCUGUGUUCACGUGCCUGGUUCCCGGCUCUUGCUAACUGGAUCUCCUGUUUAUUUACUGCUAUUGUUUUUCUUUAGUGCAAAAUGUGAUGUUAUGUGUGUUCAACGAGCGUACCGUCCUGUGUAACGUUAGCCCAAAGUGAACUCAAUGGAUGUAAUGUGCUUUUGAAUUGAAAACGUUAAUCUUUUUGAUCCUUCGCAGCCGGAUUUUUCUCUGAGAUCCAGAGGAUGACUGUUACAUCUUUGUACGAACAACAUUCCUGAUCGCUACCCCGGACAUGAUGACGAGAAAUCAGGACCCGAGGCUUUGCGAGAGGACAGGCGAACUUCAUGAGAACGAUAAACAGCAAACGGCUGGCACGGAUGCUGUAAAAGCUGUUGGACAAGGCGUCAGAGUCAUGGUGACAGCGUGGCAGGUCAGCCGGCGGGUCGCCAACGUGCUCACCUCCAACGCCUUUAUUGUGGUGCUUAUAUCCUUGGAACUGCUAGCGUGGCGGAGCGGAGCGGCGGCGCUGGCGAACUGCCCGAGCGGCUGUAGCUGCAACGAUGAGACCCUGGUGGUGGUCUGCGAGGAGAGUCGCCUAGACGUGCUGCCCAUCGCGCUCAACCCCUCCAUCCAGCGUCUCAUCAUCCGCAACAACAAAAUCAAAACCAUAGACAGCUCCAUGCAGUUCUAUGCAGAACUGCAACACCUCGACCUCUCCCAGAACCACCUUGUUAACAUUCCCACUAAAAGCUUUGCCUACCAACGGAAACUACAAGAGCUCCAUUUAAACCAUAACAAGAUAUCAUCAGUAACUAACACGACAUUCCAAGGCUUGAAUGCGCUGACGGUCCUCAACUUAAAACGAAAUUUCCUCGAGGAGCUGACGAACGGUGUGUUCUCGACUUUGCCACGAUUAGAGGAAUUGAAUCUUGGUCAGAAUCGGAUAUCGAGGAUCGAGCCAAAAGCAUUCGCUGGACUCACAGCUCUGAGGAUCCUGUACUUGGAUGAUAAUCAGUUGAGUUCAGUGCCCACCAUGUCCUUCAGUCUGUUGGGAAGCCUAGCUGAACUUCACGUGGGACUCAACGCUUUCUCGUACCUGCCUGACGACACCUUCGCGGGCCUGAACCGCCUGGCUGUGCUCGACUUGAAUGGAGCUGGACUUUUUAACAUAAGCGAGAACGCAUUCAGAGGCCUUCCAGGUCUUAGAAGUUUAAAUCUCUUCGGGAAUAGACUAAGCGUAGUACCCACGCAACAAAUAGGUGGACUUACGAGAUUGGAAGAGCUGUACAUAGGCCAGAAUGAUUUUGAAGCGUUAGAAAGUCACUCAUUCAAAGGCUUAAAAAAUCUGAAACUCUUAGACAUUACUGGUGCUGCCCAGUUGGAGAGAGUCGAAAAAGGAGCUUUGGAGGACAACAUAAACUUGGAAACAAUCGUACUGGCCAAUAAUAAGAGACUAUCAGUGAUAGAAGAAGGUACUUUACUCGGCUUGCCUAAGCUAAAACAUGUUACGCUUAGAGACAACGCCAUUGUCACGAUCAGUGAAACUGUUUUCGUUGGGAAAGAGCUGAGACAGCUGGAUAUCACCGACAAUCCUAUUGUCUGCGACUGCCAACUUCUUUGGCUGCAUGAAUUAUUAAACGAGAAGAGUAACUUCACUCAAAUACAAUGCGCUGAGCCACUGCAUUUGAAGGACAAGUACUUGCGUACUAUAACCGCAGACGGUUUGGGCUGCGCCGUUCACGACACGCGGCAACAAACCAUUAUAUGUGUCGUAGUAGUCGCCUGCGUGGCUACCCUAGCAUCACUCGUGCUCGUGCUGUAUCGCUACCGCAAGAGCAUGCACGAGAAGCUCAAAGACUACAAAUGGAACAAGCGCGCUAUGCGCAAGGACUUGGAAUACCAUAAGCCCAUCUCCACCGAAGAAGACUGCAUCCUAGAGCUUUACGCCUCCCCCAGCGUGUUCUUCAUGUCGGGCCCGAACCAGGGCUCGGCGCGGCGCGCGCGGGGAGGCGGCGGCGGCGGCGGCACGCUGCCCGCCAACGGCUUCACGUACAUCGGCGGCGACCGCCCGCCCCCGCUCACGCUCAACAACGGCGCGCCCGCGGUGCUCAACAACGGCUCGCUGCGCUCCUUGCCCGACAAGAAGAACAACCGCAACGGCUUCGUGUGCCACGAGAACUUCCCGCGCGCGGACCGCUACUCUCGCAAGCAGGAGAACGGGUACAUUCGCAACUCGGAAACCAUCAUUGGCUUCCCGCGGACGCGCGACUACGAAGACUACAGCGAGCCCGAGUACUCGGUGAUCGCGGAGGCCGAACGCGACUAUCGCUCGUGCGCGCACUCCAACACCUUCAACUGUUGAGCCCGGGAGGCGUGAACUUUCAAUCGUUUGUGAUCUUGUAAUUCUAGCAAUAAAUCUUCAUUCCAUUAAGUUUUUCUAUGGAGGACCUUGUGAUGGGACUUAGUGUAGCGGUUAGUGACGUUUAGAACUUCGGGAUCGGUGUACGUGCGACCAGUGAGGACUAUGUAUCGUAUUCGGUUUAAAAGAGUUCAUUAUUUGUAAAUUAUAAAUUUAAGUAGCGAUGGAUCUAUUUUUCGAUGGGUCGGAGGGGGCGGUUGGAAGUGAGACUUUCAUGAAAACGCCCGUCUGUACAGACUAGUCGCGUGCGGCAAGUGCCAACGCCACGUAAGGUCGCCUUUGUACUUUUAAGUUUAGAUUAUACGAAUUGGACACGCAACUGAAUGAGAGGCGAAUAUUGUUAUCUCAUUCUAGCAGAUACACCUGCGUUCCUACUUACGCAAAUAAAACUUACAAGUGCAAAGGCGGGGUAAAUACAUCAUCAUCUAUGUGAUUCGUAAGUAUCCUACCGGCGGUAGUGGGUACCUUGUAUUUGUUUUGUACAAAAACCAUUCCAUAAGUCUUUUUUAUGUCUAAUUUUUUAUUUAUAACGAAUAAAUUAAGUGUGCGUUAAAUAAGACACCAAUAUGAAUGAUAGGUAACCUAUAAUAGGAUUAAUAAAUGUAAAUAUAUUUAUACUAUAUUGAGAUAUUUAUAAAAUUUAAUACGAUCUUAUUCUUCUUAAAUUUUCAUAAAAUUAUUUCUGUAUUUCACUUACAUUAGUAUGACUAGUUUGUUUGCUAUGCUGGUAUCGUAUUUCCUCCUUGUCACUAUUAUUAAUACACCCUAUUUCAUAUUGUGUAGGUAGGUACGGCAACACCCACUUCUUACCUGUAUGUCUCACUUUUCGCUCAAAUCUCACAAACGCAUAAACUGACCUACUUAAGUUUCAGUGAAAUUGUAGAUGAAAUGGGGUGAUUUCGGAAUGACGGGUCUAAAAUGGCAAACGGGAAAUUCUCUAACUUGAUCCAUUCAAGUAAACGGCACAAAAUGCAAUUACCAUAAAUACCGAAAUAAUCUAUAGGAUUUCAAGAUCACCUCAUUCUGCUGUACAUAUUUCCAUGUGGCAACGAUUAUUUGUUAAUAUUUAAGUUUGCAUCAUUUUCAGUCAUCGCCAUUACAGUAAUUAAUUAUGUUAUAAUAAAAUAUAUAAUCUUUAAGAGAUGUUGAUAUUUAUCAGCUACAAUAAGUGUGCUACUGAAAGCAAUACAUAAUAUUAAAACUGUUAUAGAUAUAUUUCACAAACUUGUAAAGGCUAUUAUCAAUAAAUAGAGAACUUACAAACGAAAGACCCAAUAAAAAGAUAACAUAAAUUACAAUUCCCGUUCCUUUACUUCUUUCGUAUAAAGCUAAAAAGAGUGAAUAAAUAAUCUCAAGAUACUACGACAAUGAAAAAAUAAAUACCCAUCAUGUUCCAAUAUAAAAUGUAAAUAGUUUUUUAUUUAUUAAUACUAGCCUAACCAUAGUCUGAUAAUUUUAAAGCACUUAGAAAUAUUCUGUUAUACUAUGCGCUAGAAUGCCCUGCCACGUUAUAUCGGACGACAUUUUUACGCAAGAAAUGUUUUGAGUUGUUUGAUCGUAGGCACAAAUGGUAUAAUGUUGUUCGGAAAAUAGAGGUUCUUUUCAUAAUGAGGGCUACCGCUUAUGAAUUCAUUGCUGUAGGGCUAAGAUGGUCGGCACUUUAUCAUUUGUCACCAUGCCUGUCACGUUCUAACAAUUAUGUAAGUGCGAAAGUGACGGGCAUAGUCACAGGUGAUAAAAAUGGAACCGUGCUGCCACCGGGCGCUAGUGUAGCGUGCGAUCUCCGAAUUGUCAAUUGCCAGUACCACUGUUUCUGGGCUAUAACCGCAAAAAUCGAAGUUCGUCAACUGCGAGCAUUUUUCUGUCACUCUACCUAAUUACGUUUUAGUGAGAGUAGAAGAGAAAGAUCCCCGCAAUUUGCGAAUUUCUGUUUUCGCGGUAGGCCCUGUUUCUGGGCGGAUUCCGCACGUUUAUUAAAAUUAUAAUGAUUUUGUGACCUUUUUGUAUUACCUCGGAUUAUUUAUUUAAAAUAUGAGUUACGACUCAAAACUAAGCGGGUCGAAGGACCAACUUAUCAAGUGGUUAGUUUUUUUACGAUAUGGUGUUUUUUUACGGUAUGUUAUGUAUUAAUAUGAUUUGAAAUUAAAAAUUUUGUCGUGCCCAUAAUAACAAUGACUGUCAGCUGUGCUUCUGACACAAAAACCGAAAAACGGUAGCCCCCAUUAUUUGCAAUUUUGCUGUUCGAAUUUCGAAAUUCAGAGUUGCUGUCUGCUUGGAGCUACGUAAAAUUCGUGGAAUCCCGAAUGGCGAACGAGUACACUUUGCAUAAGUUACCCAAUAACGUGAUUUUUUUUCGACAACGUCAGUUCUAGGAACUUGUGCAAGCAUAAAAAUUGUUUUACGAAAAAUAUUUUUUAAACCAAUUCAACGAACAAAACGAAUAUUUUCUGUGUACGAGUAGUAGUCAUAAUACUUAUAAACCUAAAUUAAACCCAAAUGUUUUAUAAAUUAACAAUACUUCUGGGUCACUAAAAGUACUAAAACGUAACGAGAGUCACAAUUCCAUUGCUUGUUUUUUUUUUGUAAUAAUAAAACAAAUUUAAGUGUCAAUAACAGGGAGGUAGGGUAAAAAGUAACACGUAUCUAGAGAUCAAUCAGAACUUAUAUUCACCAUGAAUGAAAGGGACAAACAAUAAAAUGGUGACUCGCGUUACUCUUGUCGUGUACCAGAAAUGUCUUCAGGCUUUCAAUGCAGUUUGCUUUAAGUUCUACUAAUUAUUCGAACUUGUUUUUGCUGCUCCAAAAAUACAUGUACUUAAUGUACUUAACUUUAAAAACUUUUCUCUAAUUAAACGUUGAAACUUGAUCUUAUGGUGGCGUAUGUUCAUACUUCAUGUAAAUAUGGAGAAUAUAAAGACUAAGAGAUGUGGGCAUGCGUUCGUGCUUCGUGGAUGCCUAAAGAUGUAUACAACUAAAUGAAUACAUAUGAAAAAAUGUGAUUAGUGUACAUAACAUUAUCUACACGACGUUGUAAUAGAAUCAUCGGUCAUUUUCUGUAUUUUAAUGUAGUUAUUACCUACAUACAAACUCGAUAAAUAUAACAUACCUCAAAUUUACAA